AUGCCGCAGCUGAGCCUGUCCUGGCUGGGCCUGGGGCCAGUGGCAGCCUCCCCAUGGAUGCUUCUGCUGCUGGUUGGAGCCACCUGGCUCCUGGCUCGUGUCCUGUCCUGGACCUACACCUUCUAUGACAACUGUCGCCACCUCCGAUGUUUCCCACAGCCCCCGAAACGAAACUGGUUUUGGGGUCACCUGGGCCUGAUCACCCCCACAGAGCAGGGCUUGAGGAAGGUGACUCAGCUGGUGUCCACCUACUCCCAGGGAUUUAAGAUCUGGAUGGGCCCCAUCUCCCCCCUUGUCACUUUGUGCCACCCUGACAUCAUCCAGUCUGUCAUCAAUGCCUCAGCUGCCAUCGCACCCAAAAGUAUGACUUUCUAUGGCUUCCUGAAACCCUGGCUGGGGGAUGGGCUGCUGCUGAGUGCCGGUGACAAGUGGAGCCGCCACCGCCGUCUGCUGACACCCGCCUUCCACUUCAACAUCCUGAAGCCCUAUGUGAAGAUUUUCAACCACAGCGUGAACGUCAUGCACAUCAAGUGGCAGUGCCUGGCCUCAGAGGGCAGUGCCCGUCUGGACAUGUUUGAGCACAUCAGCCUCAUGACCUUGGACAGUCUGCAGAAAUGUGUCUUCAGCUUUGACAGCAAUUGUCAGGAGAAUCCCAGUGAGUAUAUUGCUGCCAUCUUGGAGCUCAGUGCCCUCGUGGCAAAAAGGAAUCAGCAGCUUCUUCUGCACAUGGACCUCCUGUACUAUUUCACGCCUGACGCCCAGCGCUUCCGCAGAGCCUGCCGCCUAGUGCACGACUUCACUGAUGCCGUCAUCCAGGAGCGGCGCCGCAUCCUCCUCAAUCAGGGUGUUGAUGAUUUCCUCAAGGCCAAGGCCAAGGCCAAGACUUUGGACUUCAUUGAUGUGCUCCUGCUGAGCAAGGAUGAAGAUGGGAAGAAGUUAUCGGAUGAGGACAUAAGAGCAGAGGCUGACACCUUCAUGUUUGAGGGCCAUGACACCACGGCCAGUGGACUCUCCUGGGUCCUGUACAACCUUGCAAAGCAUCCAGAAUACCAGGAGCGCUGCCGACAGGAGGUGCAAGAGCUCCUGGAGGACCGUGAGCCUCAAGAGAUUGAAUGGGAUGACCUGGCCCAGCUGCCCUUCCUGACCAUGUGCAUCAAGGAGAGUCUGCGCUUGCAUCCCCCAGUCACAGUCAUCUCCCGCUGCUGUACCCAGGACAUUGUGCUCCCAGAUGGCCGGGUCAUCCCCAAAGGUGUUACCUGUCUCAUCAGUAUUUUCGGGACCCACCACAACCCAGUUGUGUGGCCGAACCCUGAGGUCUAUGACCCCUUCCGCUUCGACCAUGAAAACCUCAAGGGGAGGUCACCUCUGGCUUUUAUUCCCUUCUCAGCGGGGCCCAGGAACUGCAUUGGGCAGACGUUCGCCAUGACUGAGAUGAAGGUGGCUCUGGCACUCACGCUGCUGCACUUCCGCGUCCUGCCCGAUGACGAGGAGCCUCGGAGGAAACCAGAGCUGAUCCUGCGCGCAGAGGGCGGACUCUGGCUGAGGGUGGAGCCGCUGAGUGUGGGACUGAAGUGA